AGCUGGAAAAGUGUUAUCCUUACAAUUAAUUACUUCUACACACUUCACUGCUCUGUUACUAUGAAUCCACUUGAAUCUUCACUGGCUGAGAUGUCAGAGCUGUUUAAUGCACGUAUGGCGAAGUUCGAAGCCCAGCUCAACAAGUCUCCAGAACCAUCAACCACAUCAUCAAGUUUGGCAUUGGAAUUUUCGUCAUUUCGGGCAUUUAUUACUGAGGCACUUAAUAACUUGCAACAGCAGGUGGAGAUGCUCGCGCGCAUGCAAGAUAAUACAGAGACUCGCAGCCGUAGAAAAAUGUUGAUCAUUCACGGAGUAGCUGAGACUAAGGGUGAGCAAAUUGAACAGGUAUUGUCUAAUUUCAUAGGCAGUCAUCUUGCUUUGGCCGAGUUCUCCUCAACUGAUAUUAGAAGAUGUCACCGUAUGAAUAGAUUGUCAACAUCCGAAGGCUCUCGUCCCAUACUGAUAAAAUUCCAAACGUAUGAAAUGCGCAGUCAAGUUUGGUUUUCUAAAACAAAACUAAAGGGUACCGGCUUUACUAUUUCGGAGUUUCUGACGAAAGCGCGGCACGACAUUUUCAUGGCUGCACGGAGUAGAUUCGGCAUGAAGAAGGUCUGGACCAAGGAUGGCUGUGUCUACAUUUUGGGAGCGGAUGGCAUCAAACAUCGCGUCGUUACACAUCGAGAUCUUAAUCAUCUUCAAAAGAACACAUCGGAGGCAGUCCCUGAGGUUGAUGCUCAUAAGCGUGCUGUUACAAAACCGGCUGUGGUAAAGGCAAAGCGCGCUGCUGCUAGAAAGUGAUAGUGAUAAUCUUGCUUCUUGUUUGUUUCCUUUCUUGUGUAUAACAGGAUUAACAGGUGACAAAGUGAAAUUAACUUUCCUUAUAAACUUUUUAAUUAUCAUUUUUUUACAUUUUAUCGUUAAUUUUGUUUAUAAUUUAUAAUAUUAAUAAUGUAGUAUUAAUUUCAAACUACCUGUUUUUUAGCUUAUAAGUACCUAGCCUUUUGUCGGUAGGUACAUUUAAUUUUAUAUUUAAAUAUUUGAGUGACAGUGACAGUGCAUGAUAUUGAAAAUUUUUUAACUGUCAACUUUCAAGUGGCAAAGGUAUCUUCGUCUAUACAGCUAAAUUACACGUAUUAAGUUUAAAGCGAAGCUUAAUAAAGAAAACGUCGAGAUGAAUUUAAGUAUACUGUAAUCUUUUCACUGCUACUCAUGCUUCUGAUUUGUAUUUCUUUAAUUUUAGUUUCUUUUAUUUAUUUAUUUUGUUUUCUUUUUUUCUUUUUCUUUUGCUUUGUAUUUACUAUUUAAUGUUUUCAUUUUCUAAUAAGAUUAUACUACCUAAUUGCUACGUAUAUUUUAUAUAGGUAUUCUAUUUUGCUACUUUGAUUUCCUUUUAUUUUGUUAUUUUGUUUGUCUUUUGGCUUGUUUUGUCUCUAUUAUAGUUAAAUUAAUUUUCAUAGACACUUUCCCAGUUGGUGGGUAUUAUUAAUUUGUAUAUAUAUUCAUAACCGUAUUGAUAUUUUGAUAUUGUGUAUAAUAUAUAAAUAUAUAUACUUUCUCUACUUAUAUGCUCAACUCAACAGAUACAAGUGAAUCUGAAACUUUUUAUUCAGCAAACAGCGACAACAGCGAUAUUAGUGUGCCUUCUUUAGCAGAAACAUUGUCUUCACGGUUCUCUGGUGUUCCUAGGAAUUUUAAUGUCGUUCAUAUCAAUGCCCAGAGUAUUCCGGCUCAUUUCCCUGACAUGCUGGCAAGUUUUGAUUCUAAGAAUAUCCAUGCUAUACUUGUGUCAGAAUCUUGGCUUAAGCCAUGUCUUCCGUCUACAUCUUAUACCAUUCCUGGUUUUCAACUUUUUAGGAACGACCGUAUUACUGGUGGCGGUGGUGGCGUUGCCAUUUAUAUCCGUUCAUAUUUUAAUUGUACAGUUGUUAAUGUAUCGGCACAGCCUACACCGCCAUGUGCGGGCGAGCACUUAUUUCUUGAAAUAGAACUUCAACACACGAAGAUGCUACUUGGUGUUUAUUAUUGUCCUUCGUCAAGUAUAGAUUUUUUUACUUCUUUUGAAACUUUGCUAGAAAACAUAAUGCCUUCAUAUACUCAUACCAUUAUCAUGGGUGACUUUAACACAUGCCUCCUUAAAAAUAAUUCUCGCAGUACUUUAUUUCACUCGAUGAUCGAAUCGGUAAAUUUAACUAUUCUACCGUUGAACUCGACACAUCAUUUUCCAAACUGUGCUCCUUCACUUCUUGAUCUUAUUUUCGUUACUUCUCUUGAUUACGUGGCUGACCAUGGACAAUGUUCAGCUGACGCUUUCUCAUAUCAUGAUCUCAUUUUCGUCUCAUACAAAGUACGACCUCCUAAGGCUAAGUCAAAAAUUCUUCUGCUGCGCAGUUUUAACGGUAUGGAUAUUGAAAGUCUUCGAGAAGAUGCAGGCAGCAUUGACUGGACUGCUUUGACGUGUUCUACCUCAAUCAAUGAGAAAGUUGAUCAGUUCAAUGCAAAAUUAACUGGUCUAUAUGACAAGCACGCACCAUGUCGACCAGUAAGAAUAAAACAUUUGCCAGCGCCGUGGCUUACUAAUGAAAUUAAAAGUAUCUUAAUCAAGAAGGCGGCUGCUAAAUUAAAAUAUAAGAAAAAACCUACCCUCGAAAAUGGCACAAAUUAUCACCGCAUCCGUAAUCACUGCAACAGGGUGUGUAGGGAUGCACAACGCCAACAUAUCCAUAGUGCUGUCGAAAAUGGAGAUCCAGCUAAAGUCUGGAAAUUUCUUAGAUCACUGGGGAUUGGAAAAUCACAACAUAACACUCAUUUAUCUCAUUCGAGUAUUGAUUUAUUAAAUCAACAUUUCUGUGCGUCGUCCGAUUUUGAUGGGACAACUAAAUCAAAAACAUUAAAUCAUAUUUCAUCUCUUCCAGUCCCAAAUUGCUCUCCAUUUGUUUUUAAUCACCUAACGGCUUGUGAUGUUAAGCGGAGCAUAUUAUCUAUAACUUCCAAUGCAGUUGGAAGUGACUGUGUCGCCCGUAAUAUGAUCCUUCCUAUCCUGGACCAAAUCCUUCCCGUUAUCUGUCAUAUCCUCAAUCACUCAUUAUCUAGCGGCAUCUUUCCAAAGGCUUGGAAAGAAGCACAAAUUACACCACUGCCAAAAAAGUCGAAUCCUAUAUCCUUUUCAGAAUACCGUCCAAUUUCCAUUUUACCGUUCCUUUCAAAGGUUUUAGAACGCUUGAUUCACAACCAGCUCAAUGAGUUUCUUACAAGGAAUCAGCUUUUAAACCCUUACCAAUCCGGCUUUCGUCCUGGUCAUAGCACAGUCACAGCCCUGGUGAAUAUUACGGAUGCCAUCAGACUUGGCAUGGAGAGUGGGAAACUGACGGUGUUGGCAUUGCUGGAUUUCAGUAAUGCAUUUGGCACCGUUGAUUUCGACAUACUUCUAGCCAUCCUUAGCUCCAUUAACAUAUCUCCGACCGUGGUUGAUUGGUUUCGAAGUUACCUGUCUGGUCGCCGACAGCGUAUUCACUGUGAGAAUGCCUAUUCUUCAUGGUGUGAAACGCACGUAGGUGUACCGCAGGGUGGCGUUUUAUCCCCUUUACUUUUUUCAAUUUUUAUAAAUUCUAUUUCUAUACAACUUACUUCUUCCUACCACCUGUAUGCAGAUGAUCUACAGAUCUAUACACAAACUUCUUUGUCAGAACUGACCAACGCGAUGAAGACGCUGAAUAAUGACUUAUCAAUAUUAUCCCGUUGGAGUAAUUCGCAUGGAUUGAGGGUGAACCCGUCGAAGACACAGGUCAUUGUUGUCGGCAGUUCAAGAUUGUGCUCGAAAGUGAAAUGGUCGCAGCUUCCGGCUAUUUUAUUUGAUGGCGUACCAAUUCCUAUCAGCGAUACUGUGAAAAAUUUAGGAAUCUUAAUUGAUAAAAACCUUUCAUGGAACGCUCAGAUAAAAGAGGUUAGCCGGAAGGUGUUUGCAACAGCUGGAUCUUUGAGACGGUUACGAAAUUUUCUUCCAACUGCCACUAAAACUGCGCUUGCACAAUCUCUCCUUCUUCCAAUUCUUGACUACGCCGAUGCCAGCUAUACUGAUUUAACUGAAACACAACUUGAUAAACUUGAGCGGCUACAAAAUUUCUGCAUAAGAUUCAUAUUUGGUUUACGGAAAUAUGAUCAUGUAUCUGAAUUUCGCACUAAACUCAAGUGGUUACCAAUUCGCCUUCGCCGCAAUACUCAUGUCCUUUCAUUACUAUACUGUACUCUCUUUAACCCCCAUGCCCCCAUAUAUCUCAAAGAACGUUUCGAGUUCCUACGUGAUACGCAUAAUUUUUCCCUGAGAUCAUCGGAUAGCCUGAGACUGAAAAUGCCGGCGCAUUCAUCAUCAUUCUUUGAUCAUUCAUUCACCGUCCAGGCGGUUCGAUUGUGGAAUGCUCUGCCGGAUGCAGUGAGAAGUGCUCAAACUUUAAACUG